UAAAGCAGUGUUUGCAACGAAUACAGCUGGCAGCUGCUGAAAAUAGCCAGGUGCUUUCUCCCUCUUUCCCCAUUCUUCAGAUGUUCCAGUCUCCCAAGUGCAGAAAAUCCUACUGAAACUGCUUAUCUCCACUACUCUAGCCUAGCUAGCCAAACCAUAUAUAACACCCUGACACUGAGACUAGGGGUUGCUCAAUUGUGGAGAGGCAAGAAGAAGAGACUAAAGAACCUGGCCAAUUUCCCCAGUUUCCAAUGGAUGGCCUACCACUGUUUUACUUUCAUCCUGUGACCUUUUACCAAGGGGUUGCUUUUCCCUUUGCUCUUCUUUUUAAUUUUCUCUGUGCUAUGGAUUCUUUCUCCAUCACUGCCCGAUACAUCUUUCUCCUCGUGGGAGGCUGCCUGCUCGCCUGGACGGCCAUGGCCCAUUAUUCAGUGCUGGUCUUCACUCCUGCUGUCUGUGCUGUGGCCCUCUUCCAGUCCAUGAGUCCAGAGAAGGUUCACCGCUGGACACUCUCUUUCCAGAUGACCUGGCAAACUUUUUGCCACCUGGGACUACAUUACACUGAGUACUAUCUUCAAGAACCUCCUUGCAUGAGGUUCUGUAUCACCCUUUCUUCCCUCAUGCUCCUGACCCAGAGAAUCACUUGGCUCUCUCUAGACAUCUGUGAGGGGAAAGUGGUGGUGAAGGAAGCCUGGAGAGGCCCCUGCGUCCUGUCAUUUUGUAGCUACCUCCUCUUCUUCCCGGCACUUCUGGGCGGCCCUUUGUGUUCCUUUAAGAGGUUUCAGGCUCGGGUGAGUCGGCCAGAGUCACUGUGGAGGCCGCUGUACCUUGGCCCUACCACCAGGAGGGGCCUGCUGUUCCUGGGGCUGCAGCUGCUGAAAACCUUGGUGAGCGGGAUGCUCAGGGCAAGUACCAGCUUGGCCAGCUGCCGCCGAUUUGGCUGUGUCUAUGUCAUGUGGACCACGGCUGUGCUCUUCAAACUGAGCUAUUACUCUCACUGGAUGCUAGAUGAAGCCCUCCUCUGGGUAGCAGGCUUUGGGCUGGACUCCAGAGCUCCCCUCCACAGCGAGGGAGAUGUUUCGGAUGCAGACAUUUGGACCUUGGAGACAACUCACAGACUCUCCCUGUUCACCAGGACUUGGAACCAGAGCACCACCAAGUGGCUCCGGAGGCUUGUAUUUGAGCGGGCUAAGACCUGGCCACUGCUGCAGACAUUCUCCUUCUCUGCCUGGUGGCACGGGCUCCAUCCAGGACAGAUCUUUGGUUUCCUGUGCUGGGCACUGAUGGUAGAAGCCGACUACCUGAUCCAUGGCCGCGCCAAGGAGCUGAUCAGAUCCCGGCCAGGGAGGCUGCUCUACAGGAUCACCUCCUGGGCCUACACGCAGCUUAUCAUUGCCUACAUCCUACUGGCAGUGGAGCUUAGGAGCCUCUCUGCACUCCAGCUACUGGGGGCUUCCUACAACAGCCUCUUCCCCCUGGGGUACUGUAUGUUUCUUGCACUAUUAGCAAGGAAUAAAAAGCAAGCAGGAACCUCACCAACCUCUUUCACCCAAUGAACUGGGUUCUUCCUUGAUGCUGGAUCCUUGCCCUGUGGGGCACUAUGGCCUCAUUGGGGAUCAUUUAGGACAUUCUGAUCAGAGACAAGUGACAAGACAGAGUAUCAAAGGAAGAGCUACUAUAGCAGGUUCAGUGAGGAUGACCAAAAGCAGAUCUGGAAGGAAAAAUAGAGAACUAAGUACACAAGAACUGAAACAAGCAGAAUAGCAGCAGCAAAAGUGUGGGAAAGGUACACAAGCAUGACAUGUGGCUUGGGAAAUGACACAUAAACUGCUGAUUUGGGGCAGGCCGCUGCAAGAUCCUGCCACUGAAGGAAGGAAGGUAGGUUUAUUUGGUUAGGGUGUGUUGAAGUCUCAGUCCUUUCUCAUUUUCAUGGCCUACAGGACACUCUGCUGUUCUACCUUGCUUACUCAUCUCACCUCCCACCCUAGUCUUCCUCCUCACCUCACCCCUGUCACCAUCUUUGGUAGCUUCUCAACUUGUGGAGGUGGUGUGCUUUGAUGGAUUACAUAUGGGAUCACUCUAGGGUCUGACUGUCCUUAGAAUAGAAAUCAGGGAGACAGAAGCCCUCCUAACAAAUAUUACACUUUUUCACAGAUAGGAGGAGCUUGAUCUUUCCUUGAUCUUUUGAGUUGAUGUAGUUUCUGACUAGAUGAUCUCUGAGGACAAUUCCACAUCUAAAAUGUUUAUUAUGACUUUGAAUACAACGUAAUUUUCAAAAUAUGAGGAGCCUUAGCAUAUUUCCACAGAAAAAAAGAUAAGCGAUAAGAGCCAGUAAUAACAUUGUUUGACAAUAUGACAGAUUAAAUGAGCUCAUGGGGGCUGGUCUAGGAACCAGAUUUUCACUGGUAAUGUUGAUUCUAUGGAAAGAUGUUAUAAAUUCCAAACACUCCAUUUCAUCUUGAAAUAGCUUUUUCAUAACUCGGGACUUGACGGCUUCUGUUUUGAAAGUUUUCAUUUCUGUAGGUUUUUUUUUUUU